AUGCCAAGUUCACUUUGCAUGAACUGCUUUGUGAAUUUAAAGCAAUCAGAAUUUGAUCAUGGAGACCACCCUCCACUGCGUAUUGAGAAACUCAGCUGGCAUAAAGGUGGCCCAGGACGGGAGGGGCGAGGCGGCGGCCCCAGCGCGCCCGGGUGCGCUGGCUGCGGGCGGGCGGCCGGGCUCCCUGCUCCGUACUCGUCGGCCGGGCAGCCGGCCCCGCUGAGCGCGGAGGCGGCUGCCGGGCGCCAUGGGGCCGGGGUGGCUGGCGGCCGGGCUGCUGGUGAACUGGCCGCCUCCAUCUGCAUCGUGUUCCUGAACAAGUGGCUUUACGUGCGGCUCGGCUUCCCCAACCUGAGCCUCACGCUGGUGCACUUCGCCGCCACCUGGCUCGGCCUCGGCCUGUGCCAGGCGCUGCGCGUCUUCGCCCCCAAGAGCCUGCGGCCCCGCCAGGUGCUGCCCUUGGCGCUCAGCUUCUGCGGCUUCGUGGUGUUCACCAACCUGUCCCUGCAGAGCAACACCAUCGGCACCUACCAGCUGGCCAAGGCCAUGACCACGCCGGCCAUCGUGGCCAUCCAGAGCCUCUUCUACGGCAAGAGCUUCCCCCUGCGCAUCAAACUGACCCUGAUUCCCAUAACUGUAGGUGUAUUCCUAAUUUCCUAUUAUGACGUGAAGUUUAACAAAAAAAAAAAAAAACAGGGGAGGUACUGA